AUGUGUCGAGUUGGAUCGGAAACAUUGUCUAGCAAGAUGAAGUUCGUUGUCGCACUCAUAGCCGGUUUGGCCAUUGUGGCCUCAGUCGACGCUUCCCCCUCUAUCGGGAACGAAGUCUACAUCUCCAGUGCCGUUCGGGAUAUUAUCGAUGCUAUCAGAGGUAACAUUCAGGAGAAAAUCGAUGAGCUGCAGAAGCGCCGCCUGGAACUCCUCGAACAGUGGAGGAAAGCCACCGACGAAGCCAAGGAGGAAAUCAAGAAGUCACUGGACAGGAUCAGCGACGAGGUCCGGGCUCAGGUCCAGCAACUUUUGGAUGUAAUCAAAGCGGCUAUUCGCAAAGACGACGAGUCCUACUUCAGGGAGGCGAUCGUCGCCAAGAUACGUGAAUACCGCAAGAAGGCCAAGGAGAUCCUCCAACGAGUCUCCGAAAUAGUCCGCCGAGAAGCCGCCGUCAUAUCCGAAGAAGCAAAGACUCGUUUCGAGGAACAGAAGCAGAGGCUCAUGGACCAAGUUCAGAAAGUCAAUGAAGAGAUCAAACAAGUCGUGACCGAAAUCAUCAACGGUGAGCGGGAAUCGUAUACUGUCGGAGCCGAGGCGUAUUCCCCCGAGACCAGCGCAAUUCGAGCGAAAAUUAACGGCCUCCUCCAAAAAAUACGGGAGCUCACCAUGAAGGCAAGCGACGCCGUCGGAACUCAGAGAGACAAGUUCGGGAGUCAACUCAGAGAAGUUAGAGACGAGCUUGCUCUUGCUCUCAAAGACCUCCGUAACGCCGUCCGGGAAAUCAUGGGAAUGGAGCCACUGACCUACAGCUUCGAAAACGAUCUAGAUGAUCAUUACAUCGUCGAUACCGUCAAGGGACUCCGACAGAAAUUGAACGAGAAGCUCGAGCAAGUCAAGGGCUACGUUGAGAUGAUCAAAGUCGCCCACGGGCUCCUGAAGGAACAAUUGAGGGCGGGUCUCGAGACUGCCAAAGAACAAAUCAAGGAUCUCAAAGAGCAGAUCCUGCAAAAAGUCAAGGAGGAGCUCAACAAGCCCGUAGAGGAAUAGAUCGAACAUGAGGAUGAUUAGAAUAAAUAUCCAAGCUCCAAAUCGGAAGACGGGAUCCGCUGAGAUUUAUCGCGCCUUCAUAGGUUGACUAUGUAAUACUGUGGACUGUAGACAGAUCCAAUAAACCCUGAGACCAUGA